AUGUGUGAUAGCAACAAAACACCUAAGGGUCCUUCUCCAGCUGACUUCAAACGCAUCUACGACAACAGGAUCCCGGCUGUUAUCAAGCAAUGCAAGAAGCCAAGGACUCUCGCCUUAACUUUUGACGACGGUCCUGCAGCACGAACCCACGAAAUUCUCGACGUUUUGGCUGAGUACGACGCUCGUGGCACUUUCUUUCUCGGCGGCAACUUCAAUGGCCGUGGCUCAAUCGAUGAAGGCUGGACUCCAGUUGUCAAACGCAUGAUCAUGGAAGGUCAUCAAAUUGGCUCUCAUACCUGGUCACAUCCAAACAUGUCAGCCAUCUCAUCCCAUGAACGCAAAGUGCAGAUGCAAAAGACCGAACGAGCCAUCCUCAACGUCGUCGGCAAAAUGCCUACCUUCAUGCGAGCUCCCAUGGAAUACGACAGCAACGACUGGAUGAACCCUCCUCCGUCAGCUGAAGAGCAAGCUCACAACCUUGUCGGUGCCAUGAACAGCAAGACUGCAGAUGGCAACAUGUUCAUCAUCCAACACGACACAACUUCAAACAGUGUGGCCGUGACUCGUGCCAUUCUUCGAAACCUCAAGCCAGGCUGGAAAGCAGUACCUCUUGUUGAAUGUCUCGGAUACUCUCUAGACAACGCUUUCCAGUUCCCAGGUUUGGUCAAAUAUGAAGCUAGCAACGUUAUCAGUCACGGCGGCUGCCUCGUCUCUGGUCCAGGUACAUGUCUUGGUCCUAUACGGUUCGCUGACAGAGACGGCUGCCACAAAGCUGUAUCUGCUCAUCGUGGUGCUAUUGCCGACUGUCACAGGGCUGCUGACAAGCUCACCACACAGCCAAGAGCUCACUGCCUUUUCGCUGAAAAGAUGGUCAAUCACUUGGAACGCUUCUGCAAAGACUGUGGUAACGGCAAAGGCAAGGCAAAGACUUGUGAUUCGAGGAAUAUCGUUCACAAAGAUCCUCACCCAGAGAUCCUGUCCGAAUUGACGCCGUCGCAUGAUCGUAUGAUCUCGGGUGCAAGCAGAGUGGCUAUGCCGUUGUCACCAUGGACAGUGGCAAUGUCGUUAUGGCGUCAAGUCUUUGGUACGUAUUGA